GGAACCUGUCCAACAGAUGUUGUGUUUGGGAGAUGUUGUCAUACAUCAUUCCGUUGCUGAUCAUUUCUUCGGCCUUGUACGAUGGUUGUGCCGCAAAGAAAAACUGGGAGUGUGAACCCCAAUCGGUCAGCGCGUAUUCCACCAACGAAGGCCUCUUGAAUAUUCAGUUGAAAACGGAGCGGGUGGGCCGCACGGGGUUUUUCUUCUCGGGCACCUUUUUCUGGAACCUCGACAUCGACGACAGCGUCUUGGUGGAGGUGGAGCUCUACCGGAGCACAACCGGCGCCGAAAGUGACUACAAGCUGACCCCCAUGUCGAUUCCCAGGCAGACAUUCAUCGAAUACCUAAACACCUACUACAAGGACAUGGUGAUCAAGAACCUGGGCGACUGCUCCGAUCUGCCGCAGUACGAGGACGAGCGUAUGACGCAGCUCCCGAAGAAAACCUACACCCUGACGCGCUGCACCGUCAACGGCGAGGGGAUGCCAGAAGUCCUUGUCGCCGGAUUCUACAAGAUUCUGAUCACGAUCAGCCACCCGACAGUAAUCCAAAAUGUGCAAGUCAUUAUUAAAAUCACAAAUACGAUGUUUUGAGCAGUCGCACUUCUCCGUUAAAUAAAGGCAAGCAAAAACAACCUC